CGGCUUCCGCGUCAAGAUGGCCGCCGCCUGUCGCUCUUCGGCUUGGCUCCCUCCCGGCCUCCUCGGCCGCCUGCCCGCCGGGGCCCAGCUGCUGCGCGUUGCCCUGUGCCUCCUGUGCUGGGCCCCGGCGGCUGUGGACGCCGUCCCUGAGCUCGGGCUUUGGACGAAGACGGUCAAUGACAAAUCAGGACCUUUGAUAUUUAGAAAAACUAUGUUUAACUCUACUGAGAUCAAGUUUUCUGUGAAGUCGUUCAGUUGUUCUGGACCUGUGAAGUUCACCAUAGAGUGGCACUUGAAGUACCAUACCUGUCACAAUGAGUACCCUGAGCUGGAGGAGGAGCUGUUCCAAAAACGUGAACUUAAUGCGGAUGCGGACGUCUGUGCUUAUUUCAAGAACAUUGACUGCUGGACAACAAAAAGUGAAAAUUUAGAUUGCAGCAGUGAUUUACAGGCAUUUCCCUCAUUAAAUAAUAAAGAGCUAACAGGUAGCAGAAAUGUUUCAAGCCAAGAAGGAGCAACGGAUGUUGUAGCCAGGACCCAGAAAGAUGGCUUCCAUAUUUUCAUCGUGUCUAUUAAAACGGAAAAAACAGAUGCAGUCUGGGAUUUGAAUGUUUCUCUUUCUAUGGUGGGGCCUCAUGGAUAUAUCUCUGCAUCAGACUGGCCUCUAAUGAUUUUUUACAUGGUGAUGUGUAUUGUUUACAUAUUAUAUGGUGUCCUCUGGCUGAUGUGGUCCGCCUGUUACUGGAAAGAUAUAUUAAGAAUCCAGUUCUGGAUUGCAGCUGUUAUUUUCCUAGGAAUGCUUGAGAAAGCAGUUUUUUAUAGUGAAUACCAAAACAUCAACAGCACUGGACUGUCAACCCAAGGUUUACUGAUAUUUGCGGAGUUAAUAUCUGCAGUUAAGAGGACAUUGGCUCGCCUGCUUGUGAUCAUUGUGAGCUUGGGCUAUGGCAUUGUGAAGCCCCGGUUAGGAACAGUCAUGCACCGAGUGAUUGGACUGGGACUGCUGUACUUGGUCUUUGCGGCCGUCGAAGGCACCAUGAGAGUCCUCGGGGGUUCUAAACAUUUAGCUGUUGUUUUGAGUGACAUUAUUUUAGCAGUUAUUGACUCCAUUUUUGUGUGGUUCAUUUUUAUAAGUUUGGCACAGACUAUGAAGACUCUAAGGCUGAGAAAGAACACGGUGAAAUUUUCAUUGUAUAGGCAUUUUACAAAUACACUCAUCUUUGCUGUGCUGGCUUCUAUAGUGUUUAUGGUGUGGACAACAAAGACCUUCAGGAUUGCAAAAUGCCAAUCAGAUUGGAUGGAGCUCUGGGUUGAUGAUGCGUUUUGGAGCUUUCUCUUCUCACUCAUCCUUAUUGUGAUAAUGUUCUUAUGGAGGCCAUCAGCAAAUAAUCAGAGGAAAGCUGUACAGGAAGAGUGAGGUGGAAUGGCAAAGGGAUGAGUACCAGUUCGGAAAUGUGUACUUUCCACUGUGGUGGCCAGCCCCACCUCUCCUGCCUACCUAUUCUCCAGGGAGAGAACUAUUGAGUUUCUUACGUAUCCCUCUAGGGAAGAUGAGACAGGCAUACUAGGAAGUGUGUUUCCUUCUCCCUUUAACGACUAACAGUCAUAGUGGCCAGUGAGGUGGCCCAGCAGGUAGAGGCUCUCUCCAUCAAGCCUGCAGACCUGAGUUCAUUGCCUGGGACCCCGUGUUGGAAGGAGAGAACCAACUACUGAAAGUUGUCCUCUGACCUCCAAUUGUGUGAGCACAUGUGUGCACAUGAACACACACAAAUAAAUAAAUAUAAUAAAAAUUUAAAUAACUAGGCAUGUUGGGUCAUACUUUUAAUCACAGCAAUCAGGAGGCAGAGACAGGAUAUCUCUGAAUUCAAGGCCAGCCUAGGAUACAUAUCAAGACCCCGUCUUUAAAAGAAUUUUUAAGCUAUGCAGUGGUGGUGCUGCAUGCCUUUAAUCUCAGCACUUGGGAGGCAGAGGCACGUGGAUCUCUGAGUUCAAGGCCAGCCUGGUCUACAAAGCUAGUUCCAGGACAGCCAGAGCUGUUAUGCAGAGAAACCUUGUCUUAACCCCCCCAAAAGAAUUAAAAUAAAUAAAUUACUGUUCUGCACCUUUCUUUUUAAACUAUACCUCUGUAUCACCAUGGAUAGAUGCAUCACAGUAACCAAAGGCUGUGCAGUAUUUUAUAAUGUGAGUGGCACUA